GCAGUCCAUUUAGAAAUUCUGUCUUAAUCAGUACACUGAUCGAAAUCAGCCUUUAUUCUCAUCAAAAUUUCACGCUAUUAUUUUCCCAGUAACAACUGCUUACUGCUUACUACUCACGGCUGUUCAUAAUUUCGGAAAAAUUUCCUAACCAAGAUGAUUCUUUUAAUAUUUUUCACAAUUUUUAUCGUCUACUUGUUCAUGUCGACACGGCGAAGACCCAACGAACUUCCAGGUCCCUUCAAAUGGCCGAUUGUUGGGAAUCUCCCCCAAAUCGCGCAAGUCAACUGGUCCCGAGUUUGGCUUGCUAUUGAUCACUACUCAAAAAUCUAUGGAGGCAUUUACGGAAUGUAUUUUGGCCCAAGAUACGUUGUCGUUCUCAGCGAUCCCAAAGUGGUUCACGAGCUGAUGAAGCGUGACGAGUGGAACGGGCGUCCGCACGACCACAUGGCCAAGCUUAAGGCAGACGGAGCCAUUUUAGGGAUCAUUAUGACGGAUGGGGAAUUGUGGAAGGAGACGCGACGCUUUACCUUCCGCCACAUGCGAAACUUUGGGUACGGCAAGAACACCAUGGAAUCCUCCGUUAUGGACGAAGUGCAAAACGUGGUAGACCACGUGGGCAAGAAGAUUGGAAUUGGGGAGCAUAUCUUGUCCUUUGACGAUACUUUUGGUCCCGCUGUUCUCAGCACGUUGUGGAACAUGGUGGCAUCAAUUCGAACAGAAUUAGAUGACCCCGCAGUCCUGAAGUUACAACGAACCGUGAGAGAAACCAUGCAAAAAAGAGCCUUCGGCGCCGGAAUAUUUUGGUCGUUUCCUUCUCUUCGACACUUAUUUCCCAAGCAGAGCAGUUUCGGCCAGCAAAUCGACGGCUUCAACUUUCUCAAGGAAAAUAUGCGGAAAGUCAUAGCUGAGCAUAAAAAGACUCGAGUACCGGGAGAACCCCGAGACUUCAUCGACGCCUAUCUCGACGAGCAAGAAAAUAAUCCUGAAAAUCCAAACUUUUUCGACGAGCAAUUGGUCGUGACGUGCAUGGACCUUUUCGUCGCGAGUGACUCCGCCACGAUCACUCUGUGGUGGGCAAUGCUCUACUUAAUUCUUCACCCGGAAGUGCAGACCAAAGUACAGGCGGAGAUUGAGUCUGUCGUUGGAUUAGAUCGACCCGUCACUAUGGCCGAUAAAGAGAACUUGAACUAUUUUGAGGCCUUCCUUCUCGAAGUGAACCGAUAUUCCAGCAUGGCUCCCAUCGUCACACCGCACGCUCUCACAGAAACCGUGACCUACAAAGGAUACGAGAUCCCAAAGGGCUCUCUGGUCUUCAUCAACACGUGGGGCAUUCACCGGAACAAAGAUCACUGGGGAGACCCUGACACCUUCCGACCUGAACGAUUUCUCGAUCAAAACGGCAAAGUCAUUACGAACGACGAAUGGUUCCUUCCCUUCAGUUCUGGAAAACGUCGCUGUCCUGGAGAACCUUUGGCAAAAAUGUCCAUCUUCCUCAUGGUGUCCAACCUCUUACAAAAAUUCACCUUCUCCACCAUUCCCGGUGAGCCACGCCCCAGUUCAGUUCCCGUCAUUGGACUCAACCUCGCCCCAAUUCCCUAUAAAGCACAGUCUCGAUUACGAAAAUCAACUCCAAGACGAAGAGGGGCUGGAUAAUACAAAAUUCGAAAAAAUUGUGCACAGAAAUAUGUAUCUGAUACUCAAAUUGUAUUCAAUAAAAGUUUUAAUGAAAAUAUUUUAGAAA